AUCUACAUUUAGUGUUAUUUCCACAAAAGAAAAAAACAACUGUUUCCUACUACAAGAUGGAACAUACGCCUUUGUGAAAGAAAAAAUUGACCAAAAAACUCUGCUAUGUCAAAUUCUGAAACCAGAACAAGCCGAGAACUUUUUCACCAAGCCCUGUGAGUCAAAGCUUUUCAACAUUGCUUUCAGGAAGAAUAAUCUGCGACUGAAAAGGAAACGUGUUGCUGUUGGUGAACUGUAUAAGAAGCUUGUGAGAUUUCCAUUUGAAAGGGGAGUUGUCCUCGUACCCAUGCUUCAUACAAUUGAGCACUGAGCAAAAGAUAGCACCUUGAUAUCAAGCAUGCAUGUGCAUCUCAUGGAGCUGCACAUUUUGAGUGGUGAAAGGUCAAGGUCAUCCUUCAAGGUCAAAGCGAAUGUACGCUUUAGUAGUGUGGUUGGAAAAUGGAAUUGAGGUAGAGGGAGUCAUUCCAAUUUCCUGGGUGGACUUCAUAGAAAAUGUGAUAUAUUGGCCACCUGGAGUGGACGCAAAACCCUACAUAGAAAAACUCAGCACGCCACUAAUAACUUCCUGGAGAUCCUUUCCGUUGAAGAAAGUUAAACAUAAGUCUGAACAGAAGUCUGAAUGUGAUGAUUAUACUUUCACAACAACUCAAGAGACAGAUUCAGAGGAGGAGGAUCUGAAACGGAAGCCAAAGAAGAAGAGCUUUCAAGAUUAUGUAACUGGUUCAGAAACAUCAGAUGCUUGUGCUACAGGCGGUACCAAAACUGGAGAUUCUGAACAUGAGAAAUCCAAUUCUGACACAUCAGUUGCUUGUGCUACAGGAGUAACUUAUACUGGAGGCUCUGAAUAUAAGAAAUCUGGAACAUUGCCAAUACCACCAAAUAAGAAAAAAAGUACAUCACAAGCAGUUAUAAGUCCAGGAACAAAUCUGGCCUCCAAAAGUCAACUUUCUGGUCUGUCCCAGACUAAAACUUCUACAAGUCAGUCCCUGACCAAAUAUAGUAAAAGUUCUAAUUCUGGUCAGUCCCAGACCAAAACUGCUUCAAGUAAGUCCAUGACCAAAAAUAGGCAAGGUUCUAUUUCUGGUCAGUCCCAAACCAAAAUUGCUCCAAGUAAGUCCCAGAGCAAAACUACUCUAAGUCAGUCCAAGAGCAAAAGUACUCCAAGUCAGCCUCAGGCAAAUAAAAGUAGUUCAGGUUCCCUUACUGGUCAGAACAAGACCAAAACUAUUUAUAGAUCACGGUCAAGGUCCUCUUCCAUGUCAAGUUUACCAUUGAGGUCAAGGUCUCAAAGUAGGUCUAGGUCAAGGUCGUCUUCAUUAGGACAGAUUAAUAUGUCACCCUUUAUGUCCAGCACUAUGUUAGAAGACAAGUCAUGCAGGUCAAGGUCUAGAUCAAAAUCCAAUGAGUCUAGAUCAAGGUCAAAAUCUAAAACGUAUCGCCAUAAUCGUUCCCACAGGUCUAGGUCAAAAUCAUAUAGGUCUAGAUCAAGAACAAAUGAAUCUAGUUCUCAGUCAAAAAAUAAAGAGUAUCGAAAAUACAGGUCUCGGUCAAAGUCAUACAGGUCUAGAUCUAGGUCAAGAUCCAAUGAAUCAUAUGCUAGGUCAAUAGACAGGUCCAACAGGUCAUCCCGCAAGUCAUUUGACCGAUCAGACAGGUCAGUUGUUCCCCCGGACAACUCAACUCGGAAGUCAUCGACUAAUAAAACUGAGGACAAAUUUCCUAUGCCAGAAGCACGAUUUCAGAGACGUGUUCUGUUCAAACUCUGCGAGUUAAGUGCAGAAAUACAGUCUUUGAAAAGAAUAAAAAGUGUACGACAAGUCGGGACUGUUGAAGAAGAGGACUUUUUCCAGGCAGAUUCUAUUGAUGAGUUCAAUCUGUUGGACGAGAGAAUAAAAGGACCAGAGGAACGACAAAAAAUGGUUUAUCAUCUUUCACUGAUUGGUGGAGCAAAUACGAAGCAGGCUGUGCAGAACAUAUUAGAAAGAUUGAUGUCUAAUAGACUGAUGUCUAAAUUCAACUCAAAGGGAGUUAAAGGGAAGCUAUCGUUUGAAUCAUCAGAGACAUUCAAAGUUGUAAUUGCUAGUGCCAUGAAGGGAAACAAUGAUAUUACAGAACACCAAGUCAAGGAAGUUAUCAGCUACCACCUGAAAUACGCCCCAUACAAGAAAGGAGGUGGAAAAAGAUACCUUGACAAUAAUCCAUAAUUUUUUUUAAUGACAUGCUAAGGAUGCCUCACGCUUAGGACCUGCGGAUAAAUGUUUUGUGGCUUAUCCCUUUACCAAACAAUAACGGGAUUUUACGGGAUUGUU